GUUUACCAACAAUUUACUGGGGAAAUUAUCACAACUAAACGAUGUUGAAAUUGCGUAUACUAAGUAAAUUAAGCCAUACGGUGGGUGGCAGUGGCACGCGAUCAAAAACUGUGCCUGCUAUUUCCAGAGUAGCCAGAUUGGAUAAGAUGAUGCAAAAGAUGGCGAAAAAAGAUGACAGGAAAAACAAAUGGUUUCUGGUUCCAUUAAGCUCACAGAAAGUUACCAAACAUCAUUCUGGUAAGGCCAGGUACAGCACUCCCGGAACCAAGAGGAAAGCUGAAUACAUCAGUGAUCUGCUAUUUGGUCCUAUCAGUGAGAUUAUGUGUAGAGGACUGCUUGAUGCAAGGAUAAAAGUGGAAUUAUCACAGGUCAGUCUGCUAGCAGAUUUCAGCCUUCUCAGAAUUCACUGGUUAGCCUCGGAUGGAGAUGAUCACAUACUUAUCGAGGACAUUCUCCAGAAUAAAAGUGUGGCUAUGCAAGAUCUGGUGAAAGAACUUCAAAUCUUCUCCAAUGUGCCCCCGGUCAAGUUUGUGAAGGAUAUGUCAGUAGCAAGGGUCCAGGAGGUAGAGCGACUUUUACGACACGCUGACCUUGGUCAGUACGAGGCCACAGAUAGCAGCGCUGAAGAGAACACAGUAACAAUGAUGGAAAUACCUACAGACAAAUCUGUAUCUGUCUCGCUUAAAGAUAUCUCAAAAAGAUUCAGGUUAGACGAUGAUGCCAAUAACCAAUUAAACGAGGGACUUGAAAAUCUUAACACAAGCUCUGAUCAUACAGAAGAGUUUACAGACCUUACAAAAAGAUUCAGACAAGAUUUAUAUGGAAUAAAUCAUGGAAGUAUGAUGCAAAAGCUUAGGAUGUUAAAGUCAGGUGUACGGAAAAAGACAAUGUCUGAGAUUUACCCUUCACCACCUGACAAUUUUCAAACAAAUGAUGAUAGAAAGCAGGCAAGAGAACAGUACACAAAGAUGUUAAAGAUCAGGAAAAAUCAGAGGCAGGAUCUAAGGAAACACAGAGAGAAACAACACGUUUUAUUGGAUGACCGAGAUAGAAGUGAUGAUGCAGAAGAUUUUCUUUUAGGCAGCAUUUCAGAUGAUGAAGUGAUGGAUGAUUAAUGACAUGUAAUAUAUUAUGUUUGCAUAAUCAACAAAUUAAAUUGACUUUAACAAUA